CUCUCUCUCUCUCUUUCUCUCUCUCAUUCUUCCCCUUCCCCCUCCCUCCCUGCCUGCAGUUUCUCCACUGCAUUUCUUGUUAAUGUAACUUCAAUAUCUCCGGACCAGAAGAAGAAAAUAAUGGGACCUACAAGAUUAAAAUUCGGAUUGCCUGGAAAAAUGGUUUGUGCUUUUUGUAACAAAACAUGCUCAGGAGGAAGGAAAAACUGGAUAAGCUGAUGAAUUAACAACAUUUGGAAAGGAUUUCCAUAGAUGCUAUUUCUAAUAUCCUGAAUACCAGUGAUGGAACACCAGAAGAACCAAAAACAAGUGUGAUACAUUUCCUUGCCUUCAUGGACAUGUAAACAUUUUAUUUUAUUUUCUUCCUUGAAAAAAGAAAAAGAAAAUAGAAAACAAACCUGGUUUCUGCAAUCUGAGAGUAACUGAAGUUUUUUUUGACUUCUCACAUUUGAAUACUGAACAAGUCAAGAUCUGCAUUCUAGAUGCUAGUACCAUGAGACCAGACGAUAUUAAUCCCCGGACUGGAUUGAUAGUUGCCUUGUGCAGUGUCUCUUUAGUGUUUGGGUUUAUGUUUACUGUUUCAGGAAUAAAGGGUGAAACAUUGGGGGAUAUUCCUUUAAUAGCCAUUGGGCCAGCUAUCUGCCUACCAGGAUUAGCAGCAAUUCUUUUGGCCAAAAAGACAGAUGGGUGUACAAAGUGCCCUUUCGCUAAAUGCUGUGCUCGGAAAAGGGCAUUAGACAAAGAAAAUUCAGAACUGUUGAAACCUUCAUGGGACAUGGAGUCAGGGAAGGGUAGCAGGGAUGGUCUGGAUGGACCUGAUGACAGCAUGCAUGUAAGAUCAGGUGAAGACUCUGUGUCCUCAACAACUACAGUGGGUGAAUCCCGAAGUCUGAUUCGUAGAGUUGAUGAGAAUGAAGUUCUCCGUUACCUGGAGGCAUGCUACCCUUCCAAUGUUUUCUCUGGGGUGUCCUCCUACUGCGCUCUUGACCAGAUGUGCAUCCCAGGGGAUAGUAUAGCAUAUACUGCCACUCGUAACAGUGUGGUGUACAUACCAAGAGACAGUAUUGUGGUGUUUUCGCGCAGAGAAAGUAGCCCAUAUGGAACAUAUUGCUGCUACAUCAACCCUGGAGACUUCACCUGGGGCCAUGAGACAGUAGUCUGAAUUUUAUUUAAAGAUAUCAUUUCCUUGCACUUUUGCGCAGCAUGAACCACUGUGCUACAGGUUUAUACAAUUGAAAAAAGAGUGAAGCUGUCUCAGCCCAUUAGUGCCUAACUCUGUUCAUGAUUAAUGUACAGGACAAUGUAAGUCAAGGAUUACAUUUUGAAAUCAUACUUUUGUGCAAUUUAUUCAUGUAAAUAAGUACCUUAGCAGGGCUUACUGUUUGCCAACAUCAUGAAUGUAAACUAAAUGUCUACUUUGGUUUUGAUUCAUUUUCUUCACUGAUGCAGCUGCUGUCAGCAAGUUGCCUAACGUUAUUCAGCUAUUCAAGGCAAGUCUGUAGUUUUUGUUUUUUUUUCAGUUAUUUUCUUGGUUAAACAAUGCAUGGUUAUUUCAUGACUGAACACUUAAUUCAAUAAUUACAAAAGGUAUUUCAUUGUUCUGACUGCUUAUUAAAGUACUCUCUAUGAUAUGGGAUAGAUUAGAAAACAAAACUGCUGAAACCUGAAAUGGCAUUGUAAGAUGAAAGUUUGUGUACUUUAUAAAAAUGUAAAUGUAAAUAUGUGCAGCCAGCAUGCUUAGUUAAAACAAUGCUUGAAAGUAAAGAAUCAGUUAUCUCUGAGGAUGAUUAUGGUUAUGUCAAGGAGAGUGUAAGGGUAUUUAGUUACUAUACUAAUGGGUGACUGGGGUAAAAAUGAACUGCAACCAUAAGGUGAAUAUAAGUGAUCCUGUUGAAGAGCAAUAUCUAAGAAAUAUUAAAGAAAAAUCAUUACAUUUUAAAAGUAGGUUAUUGUUGUUAUUGUGUUUA